AUGGCGUGGUCAGUGAAUUGGAUCGCCGUGCUAGUGCCUGCGAGAGCGCGAUGCGGACUGCUCCCGCUGCGAGGGCUUGAACCUCUCGGCCACGGUAUGCCUCACCGACGCCAUGACGACGCGCCGGACGCCAGGUUCAAUGCUGCGGCCUUGCAGCACGUUCGGGACGUGAGGGUCACCAGCAAGCCGACCCUCCGUAAGCGCGGCGAGGCGCACCUAAAUGGAUGCGUGCCGCGACGGCCGGAGCGAGUGCGCGGGAGCGAUGCGCCGCGUCGUCGGGAGGUUGUCGGAGGGAAGCUCAGGCGGCGUUUCAGGCGUCGACUUAGGCCACGCGUUCCGCUCGUCUCCCGCAUGCUCUGCAGUUGGGGCGAAGAAAGGGACCAGAAAGCGGAAGUUCUCGGCCGUGUUGGGGGUGAUCUCGACUCUGCCGUCGGUGUCCCUGUUCUCGGCCAGGAAGAGCCGCUGUGCAAAGCACUCAGCAGGUCCCAGUCCUGCCUUGCGCCGGCCGGUCACGUUACCCGGCGCUUGCGCGGCGAGGAGAGCUCAUGCCCAGGUGCGGGCGCGGGUCGCUUUGACUGGGCGGCUGCCAUGGUGAGGCAGAGCUAGCGCAAGCGGCCAUCUUUUACAGCUGGAAUAUGAAGAGGCUGAGACGGUGAAGUGGUGAGCUGCCCUGGUGGAGGGUGAGUGGGCAUGUCUCGUAGCGCAAGCCGGCCG